GCUUAACAAUGGCUAAUUCAUCUUGCUCGCUCUUUAUGCUAGUCUGCAUGUUCUUAUGUUUCUUUACUUCAUAUGGGGUUCAGCUGAUUCUGGUCAACAACUGUAGGGAGACCAUAUGGCCCGGUUUACAAGGCGGUGCAGGCCAUCCGAGUCCAAAAGAUGGUGGUUUUAGAUUGAGGGGUGCUGAGGAAGUAGUGGUUGAUGUACCAGAUAAAUGGUCAGGCAGAAUAUGGGCAAGACAAGGUUGUGGUUUUGACGAAAAUGGUAAAGGCACUUGCAUGACUGGUGGUUGUUCCGGUCAGUUACAUUGCCGAGGAACAGGAGGUGAGCCACCAGCCACGGUGGUGGAGAUGACGUUAGGGUCAUCAGAUUCACCUUUGCAUUUCUAUGAUGUGAGCUUGGUGGAUGGAUUUAAUUUACCAGUAGCAAUGGCACCAAUUGGUGGUGGGGUCGGGUGUGGUAGGGCAGCAUGUGAGGUCGACUUGAACAUAUGUUGUCCGUCGGCCCUGGAAGUGAAGAUAGGAGGGCUAGUGGUAGGGUGUAAUAGUGCAUGUUUGGCAAUGGCGUCUCCCAAGUAUUGUUGUACAGGGGAGUAUGCAAAUCCAAAGACGUGUAAGCCUACACUUUUCUCGCAUCUUUUCAAGGCAAUAUGCCCUAAAGCAUAUAGUUUCGCCUUUGAUGACUCUUCAAGCCUUAACAAGUGCCGGGCUUCACGAUAUGUGAUCACAUUUUGCCCUCCUAAAUAAGUAGCUUCAAAUGAAUUUGUGGAAGAUUGUUGGUAAUUUAAGCUUUGUA